AUUGGAUGUAGGUCAGAGAAUUGGCGGGCGGUUAGUAAUGGUCGCUCCAGAAUGUGAAAAGAUAUUGUCAAAAUUGCACGCCCUGACAUCGACUGCCAGUAAGGAGUCAUCGGUCUUGAGUGUUAUCAGUGAGGCUUUCACCUCUUCAUCUGCUCAUGUACGAUCUGGAUGUCUUGAUCUUCUAGCUGUUUGGAAUAGCCCACAACUAUGUCUUAGUGCAGGUUCAGCUGGUGAAGUAGUGUUAUGGCAUACUGGUGAUAGUGAUCCUAGAGUGCGUGAUCGGGCAUUUCAUUGUCUUCUUAUGUGGUUACGUUCUCUUAACCAUGCGGAAAGCAGUCGUACUGGGAAAUUGAAACAUUCCAGUAAUCACAAGGAGAGUAUGAAAAGAGAAUUAACAGCAUGGUUCGAAUCAAAUCUAGAAUCUGUGUAUGCGGCUGCUUGCCAGGGAUUGUUAGAUAAUGAAGAGAUGGUACGUCGAACCAGUUUACAUGUUCUUGGAAAAUUAAGCAUUUCUUGGCCACAUCAUGCCUUGGUAGAUGUUCCUCUCUUCCCUAUGAGCUCAUCAGUAUCUUGUUUGGAUUCUGAUUUAGAACAUACUGACUUAGUGGAUGAUGCUUUUUCUCGUGUCUGUUCUCGAAUUCAAGAUCCUAGUCGAUAUGUUAGACAAUUGGCAGCUCAAAUAAUGUCUGAUCUAGCUAAAUUUGUAACAGAAGAUUGUUUGUUACAAACUCUAGAAAAGACAGUUAUGUCGGACAGACAAGUACGUCGUUCUUUACUGGAGCAAUACAACAAUACAUCCAAGACAGCAGCAGCGGCGGCAGAUAUUCGUACACAAGGCAGGCAUUCUGGCACAGAUUCAGUUAGUUUGAUAGCAACUGGUUCUAAUGGGGCUGUUAUUAGUGGCUUAGAAGAUGAUUAUUUCGAGGUGCGUUGCACUACGCUGGCUACAGUUACGCAUAUCGCAUCACUUAGUACUCGAUUUGCAUCGAAUUGUCAAGAUCUUUUGGUAGAUAUGCUUACAGAUGAUAUUCAAGAUGUCAGAUUAGCAGCUGUUCGAGCUCUCAGUGCUGUUGGAGAUAAGGUACCUGUAAAAAGUGAACAAGUAUCUAUAAUUACAUCAGCCUUGGCUGAAGGAUCUGGUAGAAUUCGUCGAAGACUGCAUCAUUUAUUAUCACAGUGUCGUUUAGCUUCAGCGCCUUGUUUAAUUAGCCUACUUGAUGGACUUUUACAAAAUUUAAGAAGAUAUCCAGAAGAUAGAGAUAAUCUUUGGAGAUGUGCUGCAUCAGUUGGCAGAAAUCAUCCUGUAUUUGUUGAAACGUGUUUAUCAAGUUUACUUCGAACACAUUCUUGGUUGAGUGGUCCUGAACCAGUGAAAGAAGAUCCAGCCUAUCUGACAGUUUUACUGCUUGUAUUAAAUGCUGAACCAAAUGUUCCUGGGAUGCAAGCUAAAUUCCCUAGACAUGUAGCCUCUACAAAGAUCUACUUACAAGAACUCCUGCCGUCUCUACUACCGAAAACGCCUGUAGAUGAUGGAUUUCAAGAUUAUUCACCUACAGUUAUACCAAAUAAAAAAUUAUGUCUGGAUAACGAUUGUGUGUCAAAUAUGCCUGGAUCAGGACAUUAUACGUUAUAUAAACUUGUUGCGUCUAUUGUCUGUCGUAUUCAAAAGACUCUUUCAACUAUUCAUGAUGAAUUACAUCAUUAUUGUCUUCCAACAGCUCCGCAUCAAACUAAACUUGAAGAAAACGGCAAAAGUUUCCAUAGAAGAAUCCCUUCUUAUGAAUAUCAAUCACGUCGUAAUUCCCUACUCUAUCGUCUUGUAUUCAAUGAUCUUUGGAAUUGUGCUAAAAAGUUGGAUCAUAUUGAGAGGUUGAAUAAUCUACUGUAUUGGUUAAAAUUACUUUCAACAACUGGAUGGUAUUUAGUGUCAACAAUUGUCUUGAUUCAUUUCAAUUCAUCACGGACCCAGUCAACUCGUGGUAUUCAAUUGGUGAAUAAUAAUAAUAAUAAUACGCGUGUUAAUAAUAAUUACCAGCUGAAUAACUCCAAGGAGAAUACAAAUACUGCAAUGCAUAGACGGAUUAUUCAAUUGUUAAGUAAACUAGUUCGUAAUUCACUUAAGAUGACAUAUCUUUUCUCAGGGAAAACAAAACAUGAGGCAUUGUAUGUAUCAAAAUUGUACACUGGUGCACUGAACGCAUUGAAAUCAUUCACAAAGAACAAAGUCCUAUUAGAUUUCAGCCCAUUGGUGAAUGCAUUAAAUUCUCUUGUACAAUUAUUAAACAAUCCAAAUCAAAUGAUGAGCAGUAAUAAUAAUAAUAAUAAUAAUACUAAUGAUAAUAAUAACAAUAAUAUUUUCUCACCUCCGUCGUCUCCUCCUGUACUCACCGUUGAACCUUCUGUUGUCUACAUUCCAAUGAAUAGAAAGCGUUCUCUGCCUCCAAUGGAAUUAGAUUAUGAACAAUCCUCAGAAUUAUCAUAUACACAAGACGAUAAAGCUUUAAUUGAUUAUUUAAUGGAUCUAUCGAAAAGAUUGAUACCAGUUUAUGCAAUAUUGAUUCAACCAUCCAACUUGUCAUCGAUUGCCUUAAAUCUGAUUGGUGCUGUUGAGGAGAAUGAUAAGAUUGGCGGUAUCGGUGGCAGCAGAUCGAUGAUUCCAUUUACUAAAUAUCAAGACACCUUGAAUGAAAAUGAUUCAAUCAGUGUUGUUGUGAAUAGUAUGAAUAAUAAUAACAGUAGCAGUAGUAAUAAUAAUAAUAGUCGUAUUCAUGGAAAUAAUAGUAUUAUACCAGAGAUACGUUUCACAGCAAUUAUAGCUUCAGCAAUGAUAAGAAUUAGAGCGUUAAUUGUUGGCUUGAGUAUUGAUGUUGCACGGAAACAUGUUUGUAUUAUAUUUCGACGUCCAGAACCAUCAUCAUUUUCCUCUGGCAUGAAAUCGAAUAGUACUAAUACACGUGGGAUUCUUUAUCAUUGGUGGCCACCAAUGAAUUCAUGGCAUUUACUAGAUGAAGAUAUAUCGACAUCAUCAACAAAUCAAAAUUAUCUUGAAAUUCGUACACAUAUACAAUUGACUGCUGGACGUUGGUCAGAUUCGGGUACAAUUGAAUUAGGCUUAGGUUAUUGUAUUCAACCAACAGACUACAACUGUUCUUCUUCUUCUUCAUCAAAUACUACUGUAGGUAACGUCGUGGAGAAGGAGGCGGAUGAUGAGGAGGAGCUGGAGGAAGCGGAGGAUUGUACAGAUACUGAUGAAAAGUCUCCUAUGCAACUGCCAUUUGUGAUACCUCUCACACCGAUUUCUUUAUUGUCUAAAGUGAAGCUAGUGCCUUGUGCGCCUGUUAAUCAGUGGUGAAAUGUAUAUAAUUCCCUAUUUUUUUUUGUAUUCUGUAAUUGACCAUUGAAUAAAGUCAGAGUUGUUAUUGAACAGUGUGCA